AUGCAGCAAUUGCAAGAGACGUCGUCAGAUCUGCAGGUCAGCGAAGAAGAAAAAUUCCCCUGCAUGAUCCCUAGGCCUAAUCAGUAUGGUAGACCCCGUCGUCGAAAGAGUUACCCACCCAGGCGGAGUCAUGUCGCAGAAGUCUCACGAUCUAGCCCUCGAAAUGCAGAAAACAGGGAUGUUUGGACCAGCGCGAAUGUUUGUCCGACUCCUAUAUCCCCAUACCAAGGCACCCAGAGCGAUCAUUCAGCCACUAUUCCAACUCCUGAAACGCUAGCCUAUGUGGGUGACCAGUCCUUUAUGGAUCCCUUGGAUGCCCAUAAUGAGUAUCCAGUCCCACAAUUAGAAGGGACUGCUCGCGCUCGUUUCUCAAGAGAGCUAGUGAAAGCGAUGGAGGCGACCACUUUACCACCAAGGGUGAAGGUAGAAGCGCUUGCCGAUACCUACUUUCAGCACCUAUAUCAGCGUGCCCCAGUCAUUGAUCGGAGUGAUCUCUUCCGAGAACAGCCUUCUAAGUUAAUUUGUCAAACGCUUUGUCUGAUAGGAUCUUGUCUGCGACAUCCUGGGAUACAGUCACUUCUUGAAGAGAGCGACGAGUACUACUGCAAAGCCAAGGCGCUUCUGUUUGCAAAUUACGAAGUCGAUCACCACCAAGUUCUGAAGGCUUUAUGUCUUCUCUCUUUUCGAAACAUAACUCCUCCGAGAGUUCUGAGUUUGGAAAGCGCAUAUCAAUGGUUGGGGAUGGCAACGCGUCUGGCUUACCAGAUGGGACUCCAUCGUGAGUCAACCUAUUCGAACUUGGAAAAUCCUGGCAGUGCACGCCGGAUAAUAUGGACACUAUGUAUACAAGACAAGCUUCAGAGCGCUUGCUUUGGACGUCCCUCGAUCAUUGUAGGCCCAGAGUUUGAUGUUCAGCCGGUGCAACUUUCAGACUUUGAAGAUCAAAACAUCCAAGCCAAAUUGUUCAUCCAGUAUAUGAAUCUCAACAUGAUCCUGGGCACUAUAGUGGACUGUCACGCACAAAAAGGUACACACUGUCUGGAGAAGGCAACAAAUAUUCUUCAAUCCUUACAGCACUGGAUCAACAAUUUACCGGAUGAAUUGCGCCUCUACCAUGACACUGAACGCCGUCUCUUCCGACGCGAUGUUCACGAACUACACAUCAACUACUUUGUCUGCAUAGUUGUCUUCUGUCGCCUGUUCGGACAAACCUUAGCACGAUCAGUAUCAUCCACUGUAUCAUUAGUUGCAUCAUCCUGUAUAGCGCGGAUAUACGAAGAAAUGCAUCCCCGGGACGAGAUUAACUACUUGAUGCCGAUCAACAAUUGGUUUUUGAUGGUGGGAUGUGCCCCACAGAUUCAACAAAGAAAAAAUAAUCCGGAAGAUGAGCUCUGCACCGAAGAGUUACAUAUUUUGAUGACUGCGCUGCGAUACAUGGGUCUGAAAUGGCCUCCUGCCAAGACCUUAUUGGGGAUAAUUGAGCGCUUGUCUACAGUUGACUCAAUGAAGCCCAAGGAACCCAGUCAGAGUAUCUGUUCUCGGCGGGAAGAUGAUGAGAUCAGUGAGUCACGGCCGUUUUGCCAGAACUCAGCUAUUAUCAGAGAUUUGUUUCCAUUUCCGCAGUCUCUUAGUCCGCGCAUGGGGCUGAUUGACGAGAUUUUCGAGAAUUUCGAGGACAGAUUUGCGUUUGAACAUAUCCCUGAUUUAGGAGAUGAGCUGAACUGGAUCUUUGAUCAGUAUCAGCAUGGGUUUGUGGAGGCCUCUCUUGUUUGA